UCGAACCAUCCCGUUCCGGUGGGGCCACAAAAAACCAAGUACCCAACCGCUUCGGUCAGCACAGCCGACACGAGCGGUCGCCCUUGCCCCGUCACCCCUCACUGCGCGGUUUCUCUCUCUCUCCGUCCCCUCCUUCCACCACUUUAUAGCCCUGCAGAAACAGAGAGAGAGAGAGAGAGAGAGAGAGACGUAGACGUAGACGGGGAUGGCUUCGUGCGAGAUUAGGGCCUCGGGCGAGGGAUCCGGCGAUUGCGUCGGGGAGGGGAGAGUCUCUGCGGCGGAGCUGCAGGGGAUCAUGGACCGCAUCAGGUCCAGGGUCGAGGUGCAGCAGGUCCAGGCGGCGUUCGAGAUCCGGAGGCUCACGAAGACGUCGUCGAGGAACCGGCGGCACCUCUCCGCCGCCAUCGAGCCCCUUGUGUUGAUGCUCCGGUCGGGGAGCUCUCAGUCUGCUGAGGCUGCCAUCCUUGGCCUCCUUAAUCUUGCGGUUAAGGACGAAAGGAACAAGAUCAGCAUAGUGGAAGCAGGUGCGCUCAAACCAAUGAUCAUUUGCUUAGCAUCUCCAGAUGCUGAUUUACAAGGAUAUGCGACUGCUGCACUGUAUACCCUUUCUGCUUCGUCGGUCAACAAAUCCAGGUUAAGUGCCUCUGGAGCCAUUCCCCUCCUCAUCAAGGUCCUUGAAAAUGGAAGUCAACAAGCCAAGAUAGAUGCUAUUGCAACUCUCUACAAUCUCUCCACCAUCACAGACAACCUCAGAACUGUCCUCUCACUCUGUCCUAUUCUUCCUCUGAUCAGCUUUCUCAAAACUUGCAAGAAAUCCUCGAAAACAGCUGAAAAAUGUUGUGCCCUUUUGGAAUCAUUGGUUGGUUUUGAUGUAGGAAGAACUGCUUUGACAGCUGAGGAAGGUGGGGUGCUUGCUGUGGUAGAAAUUCUGGAAGAAGGGUCCCUUCAGAGUAGAGAGCAUGCGGUUGGAGCCCUCUUAACAUUGUGUGAGAGCAAUCGAAGUAGAUACAAAGAAGUUAUUCUCAAAGAAGGCGCCAUUCCGGGUCUUCUUGAGCUCACCGUCCAAGGGACACCGAAGUCUCAAGCCAAAGCUCGUCGACUUCUAGAGUUGCUGAGGGACUCUCCCUGUCGAAGCUCUGAAUUACAAGCAGAGAUGCUUGAGAAUGUUGUCAGUAGCAUCGUGUCUAGGAUCGGUGGUGAUGAGCAGGCAGAGAAGGCAAAGAAGAUAUUGGCUGAGAUGGUUCAGAUUAGCAUGGAGCAGAGCCUGAGGCAUUUGCAGCGAAGGGCCCUCAUGUGCACUCCGGCCGAGCUGCCUCUUGGUAACCACCGAUCUGAAGUCUCUUCAAAAUGAACAUCUUCUUUUUCGACGAUUUCAUCCUUUGUUCUCAUUUGUACUUGUACAAAAAGUAGUGACAGAAAACCAUAUUAAUAAUAAGGUAACAAGAUGAUGCCGGUCCAGGCCACUGAUGGUAUCAGGUGACUGGUUUAGCAGUCGAGUGUUGUUAAUUUGAGUUCAUGUGUUCUUUGUUUUACCUUUCUGUGGGCUAAUGGUAUAUCCUUUUUUUCUCCUGAUAAAAUUCUAGUGUUGGAAUUCUGAA